AUGGGCACCGUCCUCUCCGCCUUGCGAUCCGUCGCAAAAGGCGCCACCGCCGUGGUGAAGCUCCUCGCGGACCUCAACAGACAGUACCAAGCGCUCCUCACCCGCGUCAACGCGCCGCCGGGGUUGCCGUACGAUAAGCCCAGCGCGCCGUACUGGCUGGACGACCCGCCGUUCCCGGAUCUCGUGAAUGCGCGGAGCGAGGCGAUGCCUGGCGAGGCGGACGUGGUGGUCAUCGGCAGCGGGAUCACGGCUGUGGCUGUUGUGCGGGGGCUGCUUUUUGGCGGCGGCAAGGAGGAAGAGGGGAAGAAGGUGCCGAGGGUCGUGGUGUUGGAGGCAAGGGAGCUGUGCGCCGGCGCGACGGGGCGGAAUGGCGGCCAUGUGAAGGCGAGUCCGCAUGAGCUGUUCCCGCGGCUGGCGCGGGUGUUUGGGAAGGAGAGGGCGCGGGAGUUGGUGAGGUUCACGUUGAGGACGGCGGGGCUUGUGGGGGAGGUUGGUGAGGGACGGGAGGUGGCGGAGUAUAGAGACGUCGAGACGGUGGAUUUCUUCCUGGACGAGGCGUCGUUUGAGGGCGCGAAGAAGGAGGUCGCUGAGUUGAAGGUCGCGGUUCCGGAGUUUGAGAUACGGGUUGUGGAGAGGGAGGCUGCGAGGACGGAGUUUGGGGUGGAAGGGGGGCAUGUGUUUGGGGCGCUGGUGUAUGAGGCGGGCGCGCUGUGGCCGUAUCGGAUGGUGGCGAGCUGUUGGCGCGAGAUGCUUGAUACGGCCGGGGGCAGGUUGAGCAUCGAGACGGGGACGGCGGUGGAGGGGAUCGAGAUGGAGGGCGGCACGGAGAGGCGGCCGUAUGUGGUCCGGACGGGGCGGGGGGAUGUGCGGGCGCGGCAUGUGGUGCACGCGACGAACGCGCACGCGUCGCAGUUCCUGCCGGGGCUAAGAGGGAAGAUGGCGGGCGUGAAGGCGCACAUGUCGGCGCAGAAGCCCGGGGAGCGGUUCGCGUGGCGGGAUGGGAAGAGGUCGUGGAGCGUGCUGUACGGCGGCGGGAUGUUUGACUACGUCACGCAGCGGCCGAACGGGGACGUGAUGCUGGGCGGGGGCUUUGCGCGCAGUCUGGGGCAGGGCGUGGAUAUGGUGGGCGUGUAUGAGGACGGGAGCACGGAGGGGCUGACGGUUGCGCAUGUCGGGGGCGUGAUGGGGGCGGUGUUUGGGGAUGUGUGGGAUGGGAGGGUGGAGAGGGUUUGGAGCGGUAUUAUCGGGGUGACGGGGGACAUGGCGCCGUUUGUUGGGCGGGUGCCGGAGGGGAUCUCGGGGAGGAAGAAAAGGGGGAAGGGGAUGAUGGCGAAGAAGCCUGUGAAGGAGGUUGAGGAGGAGGACGGGGGUUGGAUGGGAGCGGAGGCCGGGGAGUGGGUGAGCGCCGGGUAUAGCGGCGACGGCAUGGUGUGGGCCUGGGGGUGCGGCACGGCGCUCGGGGUGAUGAUCUCGGGGCGGGAGGGGGAGGAUCUCGAGAAGGGGCCUGGGUUCCCCGGGGGCCGGCUGGAGGAGUGGUUCCCGAGGGAUCUGGUCAUUACGGAGGCGCGGGUCCGCAAGGCUGAUUUGAGUAAUUUAUUAGAUGAGUUGAUGUAG